GUUUGCUUUUCCCCUUUAAAUACUAACAACCCCGCUUUGCAUCCGAUCCCCAAUCUUGUUCCUUAUUACAAUAAUUAUUAAUUAAUCUUUGGUCCUUAAGCGGCCAUGGCCUCAGAUUGCAACAAAGGGUUCGCAGACAGUUACAUGUUGCUGAACCACGAAGACGCACACUUGGUUGACCUCGUUAAACUCUUGUUUUCGAAGAACGUGGGGAAGAGAAAGUUUGUUGAUAGCCAUGCAGGUGGAGAUUAUGAAGACAGCUUCGCGCACCGUUGGCUUAUCUUUGUCUCUAUCGUUCUCCAGAAACUGUUACAGUUUGUUGCAAAACCGUUAGCCUUCCUUGGAAACUGUAUUGAGCGCUUCGUCAACUUGCUUCUUCUCAACGGUGGUUUCUUCUUCCUCAUACUUAACUUUCUCAGGGGGAAGGUGAUUUUGCCUGAUCGUAAAUCAGCGAAGUAUUUGUCUUUAAUUGGAAGCUUAGACGCACGAGUUCAGUUGGAUGCAGUAAAACGUGACGAUUGCACAUAUUAUGUUGCACUUUCAAUGAUGGCUGCCAAAGCUGCUUAUGAGAAUGCAGCGUUUGUCCAAGCUACCAUUCAAGAUGUUUGGAAGAUGGAAUUUGUGGGGUGUUACAACUGCUGGAAUGAAUAUCAAGGAAAGGCCACAACACAAGUGUUAAUUUUCUUGGAUAAAUACGAGGAGCGUGACACUUAUGUUGUAGCCUUCAGAGGAACGGAACCCUUCAACGCCGACGACUGGUGCACGGACAUCGACAUCUCAUGGUACGGAAUCCCCGGUGUCGGAAGAAUGCACGGCGGCUUCAUGAAAGCCUUGGGGCUACAACAGAAUGUGGGGUGGCCAAAGGAAAUCCAACGAGACCAAAAUCUUCCACCAUUGGCAUAUUAUCUUGUGAGGGACAUCCUAAGAAAAGGGCUAAGUGAAAAUGAGAAAGCAAAGUUCAUAGUAACGGGUCAUAGUUUGGGAGGUGCACUUGCAAUUUUGUUUGGGACAAUUUUGUUUUUGCAAGAUGAGACAUUGUUGCUGGAGAGGCUUGAAGGGAUCUACACGUUUGGACAGCCAAGAGUUGGAGAUGAGGCGUAUACGAGGUAUAUGAAGAAGAAAUUGAAGGAACAUUCUGUUAUGUAUUGUAGGUUUGUUUACAACAAUGAUAUAGUUCCAAGGUUGCCGUACGAUGACAAGGAAAUGAUGUUCAAGCACUUUGGCACAUGUCUUUUCUUUAAUUGGCGCUACAAACUCAAGGUUCUUGAGGAUGAACCGAACAAGAACUACUUUUCGCCAUGGUGCAUUAUACCCAUGGCAGUGCAGGCAUUUUUGGAACUAUUAAGGAGCUUUAUAAUUGCCUACAUCAAUGGACCUAACUAUAGAGAAGGAUGGUUUCUAUUUGCUUUUAGGACCGUAGGCUUAUUAAUUCCAGGCUUACCUAAUCAUGGUCCCCAAGAUUACCUUAAUUCCACGCUUUUGGGAUCAAUUGAAAAGCAUUUGAAAUUCGAGUAAUGAUAUGUAUGUGUUUGUGUGCGUUAGAUCUGGUUGUGUACUAUAUAUGUAUAGUUUAGUGUUGGUUCCAUGGUAAUGGACAUUCGUUAUCAAUUAUGUAUGUCAAUAAAUGCUGAGUAUUUGUAAGAUUCUACUUAUGAUGUAAGAUAUAAUAUAAAUUAAAUUACACAAGGGUUGUGAAUUAUGGAA